GUCCUUGUUUGUGAGGCUGUUUUUGCGCGAGCAAAACCAAAUUCGUUACAUUUUUUGGUGAGUCAGUUGGGCCAGGAGUUCCGUGUACAAGUGGCUACACCAGCAGCCACUCACUCCUCAACUGCCAUCCCCAUGGAGGCGAGCUGGUCUCGUGGAAAAGCAAAGCAAAAAGAAUAACAAUGCAGUCCAGCUGCAGAUCCAUGGCCGCCGCCGGCCAUGGCCUCUUUCCUCCUCCUCCUUGUCCCUCCAUCUUCUCCAAACCAAGACACUGCUACUCUCCCUCCAGAUCCACCUGUUCACCUCGUCGAUCCCCAAUAAUUAUCCGCAGCAGCAGCACAGAGUCUUCCUCUUCCUCUUCCUCUUCCUCGUCCACCACCACAGCCACAGGAACAAGAACAAGCAUCAGCAGCAGCUCGUCGAUGAAGCUGACAUACCUCGAGUUCAACGGCUGGAUAUGGGAGCUGCAGAACGGGUUCCGGAUCCUCGUCGACCCAAUCCUCGUCGGCAACCUCGACUUCGGCGUCCCGUGGCUCUUCGACGGCGCCAAGAAGAGCCUCACCGCAGCAGACUCCUCCGGCAUCAUCCGAGACCCCAAAGUGGACCUGCUGCUCAUCACCCAGAGCCUGGACGACCACUGCCACCUCCGCACCCUCAAGGAGCUCUCCGCCAUGGCGCCGGGCCUCCCCGUCGUCACCACGCCCAACGCCCAACCCAUCGUCUCCAAGCUCCCCUUCAAACAGGUCACCUACCUGGAGCCCGGCCAGUGCACCACCGUCGAUGGCGGCGGCGUCACCGUGCUGGCCACGGCCGGCCCCGUGCUCGGCCCGCCCUGGCAGCGGCCGGAGAACGGAUACAUCGUCACCCCCUCCGGCUCCGGCAACAACAACAGCAUCUACUACGAGCCGCACUGCGUCUACGACGCCGCCUUCCUGCGCGACCGCGGGCUGCGCGCCGACGUGCUCAUCACGCCGGUCGUCAAGCAGCUCCUCCCGGCCAACUUCACCCUCGUGUCCGGGCAGGAGGACGCCGUCGAGCUCGCCAGGCUGCUCCGGCCCGCCUACGUGGUGCCCAUGAGCAACGGCGAGUUCGAUGCCAAGGGCCUCCUCACCGCCGUCAUCACCACCCAGGGCACGCCGCUGGCAUUCAAGGCUCUGCUUUCCCAGGCGCUCCCCCAGGCCCAGGUCAUGGAACCAACCCCCGGCGUCCCGCUUCACCUGCAAUUCGACAACACAUCGAGCUCUGUCCUAGCAGCAGAUUAAUUCCCCAUUCCAACGAUAAGAACGAGAGACAGAUUCAUCAUCAUCAAUCUAUUUUAGAAUGUACUCUCUAUAUAUACACAAUCAAAGUAGACUGAGUGAUGAUUGAUGUGUUUCAUAUUCAGGCUA